ACACCCCACUAUACAUAUACGUACAACCCACGAAUUAAAUAAUGCGCUCCCUGAGACCAUCCGCCGCGCGUAAAAUCCGCGCAUCAAUUACCUCCGAAUCGGCCGUCUCAUCACUAUUUCGCACGCGACAAAUCGGCACACCAUGUCUCUUCUGCGCCCACCGCACAGCACCUCAAGCAGCUUUCCGUCGUUUCCAAUCCACAUCGUCGAGCUCGAAUACGGUCGAAAAGCCAUUUGAAACAAAGCCAUCAGCAGUGGCACAAGCCCCACAAACACACUACUCCUUCUUCCCCGCAUCACUCCCCGACGGUCCCCCACCAAACGGCCCCUUUGCCAUCGACCUUGCCGCCCUCAAGCGCGAGUUUCUACAGCUACAAGCACGCGCGCAUCCCGAUCUGCAUCCGCAAGCGGACAAGAAACGCGCCGAAGCCACGUCGGCACGCAUUAACGAAGCCUACAAGACGCUCCAAAACCCCUUGUUGCGCGCACAAUAUCUACUUUCGUUGAGGGGCAUUGAGGUGGCGGAGGAUGAGACGGCCAAGGUGGACGACCCGGAACUGUUGAUGGAGGUUCUCGAGGCGAGAGAGAGUAUCGAGGAGGCGGAGCGAGAAGAGGAUUUGGAAGAGAUGCGGCAAAGGAAUGAAGAGAGGAUAGCACAAAGUACAGAGGUUAUCGACAAGGCGUUUAAAGAGGAUGACCUCGACGCAGCGAAGAGUGAGGCGGUAAAAUUGAGGUACUGGGUCAACAUCAAAGAGAGCAUAGAGAAUUGGGAAAAGGGUGUACCGGUUGUGUUGCAGCAUUAGCAAGGCGUAAACGGCUGGAGUAUGGUACUGUAAAACAAAAAGCUCAAUCCCCUCCUCUAUCCCAUUUUUAACCACUAGAUUUUCCCUAGACAGGCACAGUAAUGGGAUUCAUAACCCCCGCGCCCCCAUCAACCCUCAACUCGGCCCCCGUGAUAUAACUACUAAACCCACUGGCCAAGAAGCCCACCGUCCUCGCUACCUCCUCUGGCCUCCCCGCCCUCUCCAACCCAAUCGUCCUCUUCUGACUCUCACCCCCUUGCAGACUCGCCGGUGGAAACUGUCCCUGCGCCAUCUCCUUGACCCCACAAUCUUUCAAAUCAACCCCCACAUCAAUCUGGCCCGCCGUCACCGCGUUAAUCCGCACCCCAGUCCCUUUCAACACCAGCACCCCCGACCGCACAACUCCCAAGGCCGCAUGCGA